AUGUCAAAUUAUAAAAUUGCCGAUAUUUCACUUUCUUCCUGGGGCCGCAAGGAAAUAGAAUUAGCCGAAAAUGAAAUGCCUGGUUUGAUGACUCUGCGCGCAAAGUAUAGUGAAAAGAAACCCUUGACUGGAACACGUAUCGCUGGUUGCCUUCAUAUGACAAUCCAAACAGCUGUAUUGAUAGAAACGCUUACUUGCCUUGGAGCUGAAGUUGCGUGGAGCUCAUGUAACAUUUUUUCCACCCAAGAUCAAGCUGCUGCCGCAAUUGCGACCACUGGCGUACCUGUUUUCGCUUGGAAAGGUGAAACUGAAGAAGAAUAUAUUUGGUGCAUUGAACAGACCCUUUGCGCAUUCAAAGAUGGAAAGCCCCUGAAUAUGAUUUUAGACGAUGGAGGUGAUUUGACCGCUUUGGUCCAUGAAAAACAUCCAGAGUUUUUACCAGGUAUAAAGGGUAUAUCAGAAGAAACAACGACUGGUGUUCAUAAUUUAUACAAGAUGUUAAAGGAAGGCAAAUUGAAAGUUACCGCUAUCAAUGUAAAUAAUUCAGUGACAAAAUCUAAAUUCGACAAUCUUUACGGUUGUCGUGAGUCCCUUAUUGAUGGUAUUAAACGUGCUACCGACGUACAAAUUGCGGGUAAAGUCGCGGUUGUUGCAGGCUAUGGUGAUGUAGGAAAAGGUUGUUCAGCAGCUCUUCGUGGAAUGGGUGCUCGAGUAAUCAUCCUCGAAAUUGAUCCCAUCAAUGCCCUUCAAGCUGCAAUGGAAG